AUGGCCAAAGUCCUCUCUUCUUCAGGACAAGGUGAAGAAACAUAUCUCCCUCCAGCUGUACACUAUAUCCCACCAAGAUCAGACCACCAAGAAGCCAUGAAAGAAGUCCACAUGGUUCUCUUCCCUAUCUUUGAUGAUCUCUUGUCAAAAACCAAUCUCUCUCCUCACAAUAUCGACAUACUCAUCGUCAACUGCAGUGGCUUUUGCCCUUCUCCUUCUCUCUCCUCCAUUAUUAUCAAUAAAUACUCCAUGAGAGAAGAUGUAAAGAGCUUCAAUAUCAGUGGCAUGGGGUGCAGUGCAAGUGCACUAGCCAUUGAUAUGGCCCAAAAUAUUCUCAAAACACACAAGAACAGUUAUGCUCUUAUUCUUAGCACAGAGAUUUUAUCUACUGGUUGGUAUUCUGGAAAAGAACGACCCAUGAUGGUACUUAACUGUCUGUUCCGAAUGGGUUCUGCGGCAAUUUUGAUCACAAACAAAAAAGAAGCAAGAAAAUCAUCAAAAUAUAAGUUGAUAAAAACCCUACGAACCCAAAGAGCUUUUGAUGACAAGGGUUACAAUUCAGCAAUGCGAGAAGAGGAUUCAACUGGAUUGACAGGUGUUACUCUCCGGAGAGACUUGUUGCAGGUCGCCGGAGAAACUCUCCGGUUGCACAUCGGCAUUCUGGGUUCAUCAAUAUUACCAUUUACAGAGAAAAUCUGGUAUGCUGUUUCGUGUAUUCGGAAAAGAUUCAUCGACAAAUCCACAGAGAUUUACAUUCCAAAUUUCAGGUCAGUGUUACAGCAUUUUUGCUUGCCAACUUCAGGGAGGCCAGUGAUAAGGGAGAUAGGAAAAGGGUUGAAUCUUGAAGAGAGAGAAAUGGAGCCAGCUCUGAUGACACUACACAGGUUUGGGAACCAGUCUUCGUCGUCAUUGUGGUAUGAGUUAGCAUACAUGGAGGCCAAGGAGAAAGUGAAGAAAGGUGAUAAGGUGUGGCAGCUUGGGAUGGGGAGUGGGCCAAAGUGUAACAGUUUGGUUUGGGAGUGUGUUAGGUCAAUGAAGGGGGAACGGAAGAGAGGUCCAUGGUCUGAUAGCAUUGAUAGGUACCCAAUCUUGGAUGUUGACCAGAGUCCAUAG